AUGAGAAUAUUUUCCAUAAAUAUUGAAUACAGGCGAGCCUUCAUCCUUCAAGCAAACCGAGCAGCGACCAGAGUCCAGGACUACUGCUUCAUUGUCUCGUCGGGCGUCGGCUUCACUACUCAUCCCCGCCAAUCCCUCCGCCCCGACCCUAGCCCUCGGUUUCACUCCUCGCCGCGACGCCGUCUAUCCUCCACGGCUCCACCGGCGCACCGCCGGACCCGGUCCUACGGCCACUUACCUCGCUGCUCUGCCCCUGCAUCGAAAGGUCCCAAGAAAAUGAACUGGAUAACUGCAAGAAGAGUGUCAGUCAACACCCCUGCCCUGAAAUGGGCACAGAGGACGCUAUGUAACAGUACAGGUGUCAAGUUACCUGGUAUGGACGAUGAUCAAGUUAUUAGGGAUUCCGUCGACCAGCAUAGACAUAAUAGUAAUCUUCCGGUGCAUGAUGUGGCUAUUGUUGGAGGUGGCAUGGUUGGCAUGGCUUUAGCUUCCUCUCUGGCGCACCAGCCACUGACAAACAAGCUAAAUAUUGCCAUUAUUGACAGCAACCCAGAAGUACUAAAUAGCGGUUACAUUAAGAAAGAGGAUCCUCCAGAUCCAAGAGUUAGCACAGUCACACCAGCAACUAUAAGUUUUUUUAAAGAUAUAGGUGCGUGGAAAUACGUUGAACAGCACCGACAUGCUUACUUUGAUAAGAUGCAGGUUUGGGAUUACUCUGGUCUUGGGUAUACAAGAUACAAUGCGAGAGACAUUAACAAAGAAGUAUUAGGGUGUGUGGUGGAGAACAAAGUGCUUCAUCAAUCUCUGUUAUCAAGCUUUCAGGAUGCAGCUUUCCAGCAAAAAGUAUAUCCUAGCAGAUUAAGCUCAAUGGCUAUGCAACCGAAUUCUUCAUCAAGCCCUCAUGGAUCAUUAGCUAAGUUGGAACUAAGUGAUGGGAAUAACUUCUAUGCAAAACUAGUGGUUGGAGCGGAUGGAUCUAAAUCGCGUGUUAAGGAGCUAGCCGCAAUAAAUUCAACUGGAUGGAAAUAUUCACAGAAUGCAAUUAUAUGUUCUGUAGAACAUACAGAAGAAAAUCAAUGCGCUUGGCAACGAUUUCUGCCCAAUGGUCCAAUUGCACUUCUACCAGUAGGUGAUAAUUUCAGCAAUAUUGUCUGGACAAUGUCUCCUGAAGAGUCCUCAAGUCGUAAGUCGUUGUCUGAGUUUGACUUUUUGAUGCAAGUAAAUAGCGCACUUGACAAUGGCUAUGGCCCACACCCAAAAUCUCUAUCGUCAGUUCCAUUCUCUUGGCCAACAGCAAAUACAACACUCUUAGCCAAUGAGUUCUUUGAGGUCCCACCGAAAGUUACCAAAUUAGCGUCUGAGAGAAUGGUGUUCCCUUUGUCUCUAAAUCACGCUAAUUCGUACGCAUCGAAACGUGUUGUUCUUAUUGGUGAUGCUGCACAUACUGUUCAUCCUUUGGCUGGUCAAGGAGUAAACAUGGGAUUUGGAGACGCUUUUUGUUUGUCAAAGGUUAUUGCUGAAGGCAUUGCUCUUGGAUCUGAUAUUGGGGAGGUAACACUGCUAAAAAGAUACGAGUCAGAAAGGAAACCUGCAAACUUGGCUAUGAUGGCAAUAUUGGAUGGCUUUCAGAAGACUUACUCUGUUGAUUUUGGACCGUUUAAUGCUCUGCGUGCUGCUGCACUUCAAGGAGCCAAUUUUAUCUCGCCUUUAAAAAGAUACAUCAUCUCGUAUGCUUCAGGCGAGCAGCGAUUCCCAUUUUUCGCGUGA